UUCCUUAAUUCAUAUCUAGGGUCCUGGAGCCUCUGAACAUGUAGCUCCUGGAGCUGCUCUUAUUAAAAUGUCAACAUUUGCACCUUCAUCUUCUAUCUGGGACAUCAUAGAUUAUGCCUCUCUGAGCUCAGUAUGGAAUUGGCUACAAGCAACUUUUCUGGGACAGACUAGUGUGACUCAGCAAACAAAUUUGGGGCUACUAGAUAAUCUUGCUCCAGCUCUGCAAGUUGCCCUCGGGAUUUUCUUUCUUAUUUUCUUGGCAGUAGGACUAUAUGCCUUAUGGAAACGAAGUGUUCGGUCAAUUCAGAGUCUGUUGUUGUUUGUAAUCACACUCUACAAACUUUACAAGAAGGGCUCAGAUUUUUUGCAGGCUUUGCUGGUCAACCCAGAAGGGAUUACUCUCCCAAUUCAAGACAAAAAUAUCCUCCUGUCCUUGGGUCUGCAAGAGAAAAUUUUGAAACAACUUCAGAUGGUGGAAAGCAAAGUGAAGAACCUGGAGGGGAUGAUCAUUUCUCAAAAACCUGCCACGAAGAGGGAUUGCUCCUCUGAGCCCUACUGCAGCUGCUCCGACUGCCAGAGUCCCUUGCCCACGUCAGGGUUUACUUCCACAUCUGAAAUCUGAUGGACUCCAAUCUUUUCCAGAAAAGCACCAUUUCCCUUAUGUGUGCAGUGGUGUACCAAUAAAGGUAGAGAACUGUAUUGAAAUUA